CCACUGUAUCAUUUCCCGCGAAUCAGAACCACCUAAUUAAAGGCGAUCCCGCUCUCCAUUCACCUCUCCGCUGCACAUCCCUUUUCCAUCGGGCGGAGACGAUCUUCUUCGCUUCUGCUCUAUAUACUCUCAUAUUCCUAUAUCUCUGGUUUCACCUUUCCUCUCCGUGAAGAAUCCAGCGAAAUGGCAAAUGCGGCAUCCGGUAUGGCAGUCCAUGACGACUGCAAAUUGAAAUUCUUGGAGCUGCAGGCAAAAAGGACCUAUCGCUAAUCGCUCCAUAAUUUUCAAGAUCGAGGAGAAGCAAAAGGAAGUCAUGGUGGAGAAGCUUGGUGAUCCAAGUCAAAGCUGUGAGGAUUUUGAUGCUAGCAUCCCUGCUGACGAGUGCCGGUAUGUUGUUUAUGAUUACGACUUUGUCACGGAGGAGAACUGCCAGAAGAGCAGGAUAUUUUUCAUUGCCUGGGGGGUUCGCUCUGCCUUCAUAGCAGCUCCAGAUCUUGGAAAUUCAUCCAGAAAUCGCAAAUGAAGAAAAUGCCGGAAUUUUUGGCGCCUCGAAAAUCGAAGUAGAGAAAGUUUGAAUUUUCCAUAUGUUAGAUUUUUCUUAUCCUCAUUCAAUGUAUAUGUGUUUUUCUUCCAAUAUAAGUGACUAUAACCUUCUUUUUUCCCCCAAGAAAUGUCAAGAGAGAAAAAACUAUACAAUCUACCCCAAAACCCUCCCAAACCAAUACAUCAGUGAAGCCACCCUACAAAGUCAAAGGAACCGAUCUCAAGAGGAGAAAGUAACAGCGCUUUAUGCGCCACUCCAUGGGCAGCCCCAUUAGCAGUUCUAGGAACUGCCCUAAACUCUAAUGAAACAGAAACUGAAGACAGGAGCUGGAAGCAAUCACGAAGCACCGGACCUCCGAGGGAAUCUGAAGAAAUGCCCUGGCGAAGCUGGCGAAUCACCACUUCUGAAUCACCUUCGAUGAUGACACAAGGAAGGGACUUGGAGACCAAGAGGGAGAUAGCGUCUCGAGCUACAAGAAGUUCUGCGAGGUAGGGGUCAACAAUGCUUGGUUGCUGGAACCCUACUGCCAACGCCACAUGCCCGUCUGUUGCACGAACCACUAGUCCAGACGAGCAACCGGAAGCAUGAACCGCAACAUCAAAGUUGAUCUUCAUAUAGCCAACAGGAGGAGGGAUCCAGGAGAUGAGGCGGGAGCUUAAGGGCUGAAGGGAAGUGAUUAUAACCUUUUGCUGUGUAGGUUUGUGAACCCUAUAGAUUCUAGAGGGGAGCGGAUACUAUAACAACACCUCAUGUGUUGUUAUUGUAACAUCAGUUUUCAUUAAGGGUAAAAACGUAAAACAACA